AUGAUCAUCAUCAUCCUAACUCUUACUUACAUCCUGGCGGGACUUUGCUGCAGGUCCUCUACGACUCUCCACGUAACCGUGCAGGACAUUGAACCCGCACUAGACAAGCUGUCGCAACCUUCACGUCUUCCUUACUCGGUCCAAUCUCCGAUUGCCCAUCCGCGCGCCCUUCCUCUUUGGACCGCCUGCAUCACUGUGUUGGCAGGCAAUCCUGCAUUGCACUUCCGAUCCUCGUCGACGCCGCCGGUUGUCCUUUCUCCCUCAGCCUUCCCUCGCUCCCUGGCGAAUAAUCACGCCGGCCGAACGCACAGCUGA